GCAACGUACUGCUCAAGUCGUCCUCCAGCGACCCACGGGGCUUCACGUGCAAGCUGUCCGACUUCGGGCUGGUCAACUUGCUGCGGACGGAGAGGGAGGAGGAGGGCGGAGCGGAGCAGGACGCCGAGCAGCAAGAGCCGGAGGGGGAUGCCGGCAGGGAGGGCAGGAGGGCGGGUGGGGGGGCCUCGGCAAGUGGUGGAAGUGGAGGCAGCACGGCGGCGACGAGGCCGAGCUCGAGUGGACACCGGCCGUGGAUGCGAAAUGCAGAUGCGGCGGGCACGGUCACCCAUUUGGCACCCGAGUGCUUUGAACCAGAUCGCAAGCUGGAUGCGUCAGUGGACAUUUACGCGUUCGGCAUCGUGAUGUGGGAGGUCUUCACACGCAAGCCACCCUAUGCGGAGUUCGCACCCAACUUUGAGGCCACCGUGGAGGAGGGCGAUGUACACUACCACAUUGCACUACGUUGCGACAUUCAUUUUCCCCUCCUGCUCAGCCCGUCGAGGACCUUCGUCUCUUGGUUGGGACACCCGCAGCCCCUGUAA